ACGGAAACGGAAGGGGUGGUACACAUGUAAAGUGAAAUCUCGAAGCUUGCUGCCCGAGUUAUUAAUUUUUUCAGUAAACAAUUAUGGCGGCCGCGGAUCCCUGGUCCUCGAGUCAUGGCAGGCCCGCAAGCAGAGGAGAGUUCCCGGCUGGUGAGAGCAGCAACGAGCGCGAUGGCCCGGGAGGAAGCGGCGGAGAGGGAGAAUCCGAGCCAGAUCGGUCAACAUUCGAAUGCAACAUUUGUUUGGACACAGCAAGGGACGCUGUCAUCAGCUUGUGCGGGCACUUGUUCUGCUGGCCCUGCCUUCAUCAAUGGUUGGAGACACGGCCCAGCCAACAGCAGUGUCCUGUGUGUAAAGCAGGCAUCGGCAGAGAGAAAGUCAUCCCCCUCUAUGGCAGAGGGAGCUCCAGCCAAGAGGACCCCAGGUUGAAAACCCCGCCUCGUCCUCAGGGACAGAGAACGGAGCCAGAGAGCAGAGGGCCCUUCCAGGGGUUUGGGGACACUGGCUUCCACAUGUCCUUUGGGAUCGGUGCAUUCCCAUUCGGCUUCUUCACCACAGUCUUCAACACCAAUGACCCCUUCCACAGAGCAGACGCAUAUGCAGCCGAUCACCAAGGCAACCCUGACAACGGCAACAACUGGCAGGACUCUCUCUUCCUGUUCGUGGCCAUCUUCUUGUUCUUCUGGCUGCUGACUGUGUGAGGGAGAAUAUGGAUAGAAGGUGGAAAAGGAGAGGUGUAGGGAUGGGGGAGUGUGUGUGUGUGUAUGUAUAUAUAUGCUUAUACACACACAUCAAAGCAUCAGGAACGACCAACUUUCUUGCUCAGUAGUGACUGGGAGAUUUUAGACUAUAGAUGGGUGGUGGUGGGAUGACUGUCAGUUUACUUUUAGCAAGUGAUAUCUAAUGCAACAAACAAACUAGUCUAAUAUUUGUCUAUUCUUCCCCCCCCCCCCCCCCCCACAAUUAUUUAUGAGAUUCAUUUGGUUAGGGAGAGUACACUGAGACACCACUCUGUGGUGGAUGAUACCCAAACGUGAGUGUGAGUGAAGCGAAAUCAAUCUAUCCACCUUUCUCUGCAUUUGUACAUAAAUACACCACACACACAGUGGAUACCCGGGUUGAGGUGUGGGGGCUGACUUUUUAGGGAUGGAACUGGUGUAUAGACUGGAAUCAGUGUUGAGAGAAAUGGUUGGAUUGAGUUAAUUGUAAAUUAGGGGAGUAUGACAAUAAUCACUAAGUAACUUUACUGUACCACAAUACCUAUGUGGUUAACAUAGAGAUACAGUUGAAGUCGGAAGUUAAAAUACACUUUAGCCAAAUAAAUUUAAACUCAGUUUCACAAUUCCUGAUAUUUAAUCCUAGUAAAAAUUCCCUGUCUUAGGUCAGUUAGGAUCACCACUUUAUUUUAAGAAUGUUAAAUGUCAGAAUAAUAGUAGAGCAAAGGAUUUAUUUCAGCUUUUAUUUUUUUCAUCACAUUCCCAGUGGGUCAGACGUUUACAUACACUCAAUUAGUAUUUGGUAACAUUGCCUUUAAAUUGUUUAACUUCCGUCAAAUGUUUUGGGUAGCCUUCCACAAGCUUCCCACAAUAAGUUGGGUGAAUUUUGGCCCAUUCCUCCUGACAGAGCUGGAGUAACAGAGUUAGGUUUGUAGGCCUCCUUGCUUGCACACACUUUUUCAGUUCUGCCCACAAAUAUUCUAUGGGAUUGAGGUCAGGGCUUUGUGAUGGCCAUUCCAAUACCUUGACUUUGUUGUCCUUAAGACAUUUCUCCACAACUUUGGAAGUAUGCUUUGGGUCAUUGUUCAUUAGGAAGACCCAUUUGCGACUAAUCUUUAACUUCAUGACUGAUGUCUUGAGAUGUUGCUUCAAUAUAUCCACAUAAUUUUCCUUCAUCAUGAUGCCAUCUAUUUUGUGAAGUGCACCAGUCCCUCCUGCAGCAAAGCACCCCCACAACAUGAUGCUGCCAUCCCUGUGCUUUACGGUUGGGAUGGUGUUCUUCGGCUUGCAAGCCUCCCACUUUUUCCACCAAACAUAACAAUGGUCAUUAUAGCCAAAUAGUAUAUAUAUAUUUUUUUCAUCAGACCAGAGGACAUUUCUCCAAAAAGUACAAUCUUUUUCGCCAUGUGCAGUUGUAAACCGUAGUCUGGCUUUUUUAUGGCAGUUUUGGAGCAGUGGCUUCUUCCUUGCUGAGUGACCUUUCAGGCUAUGUCGAUAUAGGACUCGUUUUACUGUGGAUAUAGAUACUUUUGUACCGGUUUCCUCCAGCAUCUUCACAAGGUCCUUUACCAAAGUACGUUCAUCUUUAGGAGACUGAAUGCGUCUCCUUCCUGAGCGGUAUGACAGCUGCAUGGUCCCAUGGCGCUUAUGCUUGCAUACUAUUGUUUGUACAGAUGAACGUGGUACCAUCAGGCAUUUGGAAAUUGCUCCCAAGGAUGAAUCAGACUUGUGGAGGUCAAACUUUUUUCUGAGGUCUUGGCUGAUUUCUUUUAAUUUCCCCAUGAUGUCAAGCAAAGAGGCACGGCGUUUGAAGGCCCUGAAAUACAUCCACAGGUACACCUCCAAUUUACUAUGAUGUCAAUUAGCCUAUCAGAAGCUUCUAAAGCCAUACCAUCCUUUUCUGGAAUUUUCCAAGCAGUUUAAAGGCACAGUCAACUUAGUGUAUGUGAACUUCUAACCCACUGGAAUUAUGAUGCAAUGAGUUUAGUGAAAUAAUCUGUCUGUAAAUAAUUGUUGAAAAAAAUUUACAUGUCAUGCACAAAGUAAAUGUCCUAACCAACUUGCCAAAACUAUAGUUAAUAAGAAAUUUGUGGAGUAGUUGAAAAAUAAUUUUUAAUGACUCCAACCUAAGUGUAUGUAAACUUCCGACUUCAACUGGACUUAGACAAAAUGGAAUACAAAAAUUGCCCUUUGAAGGAAUUUCAGGUUUAGGCUAUUCCCCAAAUAUUAGAGCUUGUUUGAGUUAAGGGAGGGUGAGAAUGGGAUUAUAACCUGAUACCAUAAAAAAAAUGUUUUUUGUUCCUAUAGACACUUUUAUUUCCAGGCCAAAGAGCGAUGUAUCACCGUCAAGUACGAUUUUGGGAAAAUGUAUUUGAAUAUUCCUGAUUACAAUUUUAACUGAUUCAAUUUUUGUCCGUAGAUUUUAGGAACAUAAUUUAUGAAUGUUCUUUAGGAUGGUCUACAGACUGGUACAAUAACAACUUUGUAUAUUCUCUUAACAAACUGCCAUUGCACUGUGAAGUCAUAGAGAAGACAGACCUAAUAAUGUGGACAUGUUAUAAGUUCUUUGUCAUAUGUUAACAGUCUAACACUAUUGUAAAGAGUCAUGAAGAUAGUGUACGGGAAGGAUGGUGUGAGCAGUAUUGUGUACAGUUGUGCUCUGGAGAAUUCGCCACAUAUGAGUAAAUACUGCACGACGUCACAGUAUUCUCUGGGGACAGUUAGUGGAACAUUUUUAAAUCUACAAAUCAAAGUGAUCUGGAACACAACACAGAAUCCUUUUGAUCUGGAUGAAAUGUACUAAACCUGUCCUUGGGGGCUUGUAGCUGGGCACAGUGCUACAAAGGAAAAGAUGGCAGCAGAGUCACGUUCAUUAAGGCACAACAUAGCAAACCUUUUGCAAAAUAAAACAAGUGUUUAUUGGACAAAUUCAGAUUGUACCUGUUUCACUGUUUUGUACAGUUUACUUCUGUUUUGUGCCUACUGAACAUGACCCAGGUGCAGAAGUCAAUACAGUGUUUGUCAGAUCCUUUUUGACUUAAGUCAGAAUGAGUAUUUGAUAUCUGCAACUAAAAUAAAUUUCAUGUGAUGAGCAACAUGAACUGUGCCCAAUGUGACGACAUGGACUAUUAUAAUUGUAAGAUUUCAAUGAGUGUUUCUCCUGAUUGUAAGUAUUUGUGUGUCUGUCUGUAUAUACAUUUGUAUAUAUGAAUAUUGUAAAAGCUGUUUUUACGUGUUUCCAAAUGACCAGCCAUGGCAAUGAGACAAGAUGUGAGAUGGUUUGAGUUUAACCUGGCCAGCAUGUCAUGAUGUAGCAGAGUCCCCCUCUUCCACUCGGUGAAAGACAAGUUACAUUUCUGUACUCGUACCGGUAUAUGAGCCAACCAGAAGCGAGUGAGCAGUGUAUGAAAAGGAAACAAUAACUCCCAUUUCACCCUACCCAUUUCAUUUUGAUACAACUCCUGUGAAGUCUAUGAAAUGGGUUGAAGAUCAAGAGUGUCCAGGAACUCUGUAGCACCUUACCAAACAGCACCAGCCCAAUAACAUCCAUGCAACGUUUUGAGUAAAGGAAGGGCUAUGGGGGCACAAAAUGAUGAGAAGGUGGUCUUUCUUGUGAUGUACCGUUGGAGGGGCGAAGUAAUUUCCUACAUAUCACUGUCUGAUCAAGCUAGGCAUUUGUAUUCUGAGUCUUUUGUGACACAAAAAGAGAUGGAAAUGACAUUUGUGACAGUGAGACAUUGUGCAAAACCGAAUGGUCACGGAGCUAUGGAAAUGUUUUCCUGCACUCUGAAUAAAUAGUUGUUUAAUACAUUUAA